AUGCACCGCACCGGCAGCCUCCUGGCCGCGGCGCUCCUGCUCGCCGGCGCCCAGGCCGUGCAGCGGAGCGCCGACGGCCUCGGUGCGCCCGCGGGGCCCGCGGCCUGGGCGGCGGCGGGGGCGGAGGGGCGCAGGGAGGGCAGCCCCUACCCCGCCUGGCUGACGGGGCUCGAGGCGGCUGGCCACGGCGUCAGGUGCAGCAUGGAGGAGGAGUGCAUCGUCGGUCAUGGCCGGGGCACCUGCUACGUGAUGGUGGAUGCUGACAGGGAGACCGUCCCUUUGAUCAGCACCGACUCUGGGUACGAGGUAACCUUCUCUGGGUCCGUUCGGUUCGGGCUGGAGUCGAGGUUCAAGGAGUACCGCGACGCAGCCCAGAACCUCACCAGUGACCACAACAUCACCGUCGAAGGGCAUUCGGAGUCAUCGCACUGGAACCUCUGCUGGAAGCCUGGGAUGGUGUCUGAGUGGCAGUCUGGAGCAAGGCGGAACACUGGCGUGGAGGAUUACUGCUACUACGUCAACGGCUUAUGUUUCUUAUGGGCGUCUCCGUGCACUGGCGGGUGCUCCACACUGGGUGCUCUGACGGGUCCUCUGUCGAAUCCGCUGUAUGCGACUUUCUGCCCUGCCGGUCUGCGUUUCGCCACCGAAGCAGAGUGGACGGCCGCCGAGCCUACCUUAUAUGCAAACAAGGAGGACUUCCACGCCAAGUGUGCAGCCGAGGUUCUUGACCCAGAUUUCAAUCACUGCGACCUGGAGAAUACUUUCAAGCGUGUGCCGAAUGGCGGGUACGAGGAACAGGUCCUGGUAUGCGGGGACGCCCAGACGCCCGCGCCGCCGGCGCCCACGCCGGCGCCCGCGCCGGCGCCCGCGCCGGCGCCCAGCCCACCCGCGCCAAGUACACCUGGCACUGGCGGUGGUGUGUCAGCCACGGGCGAUCCCCACCUGCAAAAUGUACAUGGUCAGCGCUUCGACUUGAUGAAGCCAGGCAAGCAUGUCCUCAUCAACAUCCCCAAAGGAGAGCUUGAACACCAGCUUCUUGUUGUGCAGGCUGAUGCGCGCCGACUGGGGGGGUGCAAAGAUAUGUAUUUCCAAGAACUGAAUAUCACAGGGUCGUGGGCAGAGGCGAAGCAAGCUGGAGGGUACCGUCACACCGUAAAACAUCGUGCUGCUGGGACUCCUCAAUGGGUCGCGUUCGGCACGCUUGAGUUGAAAGUCGUUCACGGACAUACGAAAGGUGGCCUCGAGUACUUGAAUUUUUACGUCAAGCAUUUGGGGCGAGUUGGAUUUGCUGUCGGAGGCCUGCUGGGCGAUGACGACCACACAGCGGCAGCAACUCCUUCAGGGUCAUGUGCUCGGCGUGGUGUAGCUCUUUUGGCGGUAGAUCCACGCACCAUCGGUCCCUCCCUGCGCUCAAUCGCAGCAGCGAGCGUCUAG